AUGUCCCAGAGGAUUCGAUAUCCAAUAAGGUGUUCUAAUUAUCACGAAUUCUGUGACGUAUGUCGACUUCUGUCGGACACAUUCAACAACACAGGGUUUCGAGAGAGUCAGGUUGAUGAGAUACGUUCAGAGUUGUAUAAAGACAGGUUUCGAGAGUUUGGGUUUCGAGAGAGUCAGGAUGAUGAAGAUAACGACACAGGGUUUCGAGAAAGUCUGGUUGAUGGAGACAACAACACAGGGUUUCGAGAGAGUCAGGUUGAUGAAGAUAACGACACAGGGUUUCGAGAGAGUCAGGUUGAUGAAGAUAACGACACAGGGUUUCGAGAGAGUCAGGUUGAUGAAGAUAACGACACGGGGUUUCGAGAGAGUCAGGAUGAUGAAGAUAACGACACGGGGUUUCGAGAGAGUCUGGUUGAUGGAGACAACGCCACGGGGUUUCGAGAGAGUCAGGAUGAUGACGACAACAACACAGGGUUUCGAGAGAGUCAGGAUGAUGGAGACAACGACACAGGUUUUCGAGAGAGUCAGGAUGAUGGAGACAACAACACAGGGUUUCGAGAGAGUCAGGAUGAUGGAGACAACAACACAGGGUUUCGAGAGAGUCAGGAUGAUGAAGAUAACGACACAGGGUUUCGAGAGAGGUUUCGAGAGAGUCUGGUUGAUGAAGAUAACGACACAGGGUUUCGAGAGAGUCGGGUUGAUGAAGACUACGACAGAGGGUUUCGAGAGAGUCUGGUUGAUGAAGAUAAUGACACAGGGUUUCGAGAGAGUCUGGUUGAUGGAGACAAUGCCACGGGGUUUCGAGAGAGUCAGGAUGAUGACGACAACAACACAGGGUUUCGAGAGAGUCAGGAUGAUGGAGACAACGACACAGGUUUUCGAGAGAGUCAGGAUGAUGGAGACAACAACACAGGGUUUCGAGAGAGUCAGGAUGAUGGAGACAACAACACAGGGUUUCGAGAGAGUCAGGAUGAUGAAGAUAACGACACAGGGUUUCGAGAGAGGUUUCGAGAGAGUCUGGUUGAUGAAGAUAACGACACAGGGUUUCGAGAGAGUCAGGUUGAUGAUGGAAACGACACAGGGUUUCGAGAGAGUCAGGAUGAUGAAGACAACGACACAGGGUUUCGAGAGAGUCAGGUUGAUGAAGAUAACGACACAGGGUUUGAGAGAGUCAGGUUGAUGAAGACAACAACACAGGGUUUCGAGAGAGUCAGGUUGAUGAUGAAAACGACACAGGGGUUUCGAGAGAGUCAGGAGGAUGAAGACUACGACACAGGGUUUCGAGAGAGUCUUGUUGAUGAAGACAACGACACAGGGUUUCGAGAACGUCAGAUUGAUGAAGACAACAACACAGGGUUUCGAGAGAGUCUGGUUGAUGAAGAUAACGACACAGGGUUUCGAGAGAGUCAGGUUGAUGAAGAUAACGACACAGGGUUUCGAGAGAGUCUGGUUGAUGAAGAUAACGACACAGGGUUUCGAGAGAGUCUUGUUGAUGAAGAUCAGGAAGGCAUACAAACGGCCUUACCAAACAGUCGAGAAGGCAGUCGGACAACAGGCCUUACCCAACAGUCGAGAAGGAAAAAGACAACAGGCCUGACCCAACAGUCGAGAAGGAAGAAAAACAACAGGCCUGACCCAACAGUCGAGAAGGAAGGCAGACAAAAGGCCUGA